AUGACCGCUCCCGUCCCGUUGUCCAUCGUCUACAGUGACGGCCGCCACGUGGGCCUCGGUAUGCCUGGGGAGGCGGGCGGUAGUCGUCAGUCGGAGACCUCCACUUCCGGCCGUGGAGAGUCGGUAGCCAAACCGCCAUCUGGGCCCAGGGUAUCGGUAGUGUACCCAAGCAACCCUAGGAUGCCUAUGGGGGUGCCGAAGGAAAACCUAUUCGGCGUAGACUAUCUUGGGCCGAACAAGAUUACCGAUCGGGAGAUUGCCAAAUUUCGAGCAGAAUACCGCAUUCCCGACUCGGUACGGAUGAGGAUCCCGGGUCCUACCGAAUCCCUUAGUGCGCCGAAGGACGGCGAAGUAGUUUUCUUUACCGACGUCCUUGUGCAAGGCGUUCGGUUGCCGUUGCAGCCGGCGGUACAGAGGAUUCUAGCCCAGAUCGGCUACGCCCCGGGGCAAUUCAACCCCAACUUUUGGGUGGCCCUUAUGGGAGUGAUAACGGCCUUCGGCAUAUGGCUGGCGAAGGGAGCCCCUCCUAUGAGCAGUUCUCCCAUCUCUACAGUGUUACCAAGUCCAAGUGUGCCGAUCACGGCGGAUGGGUGCAGGCGAACUGCCUCAGGGCUGCCGAUCGAGGCCACUUUGUCAGCUGGGUACCGACUUCACAAAAGUCGUGGAGGAAUCGGCGGGUGCUCCUCUCGGGCGACUGGGAGUCGCCUUCGGGACAGCCUGUCCGAUUUCGCAUUCCCACAACUUUCCAAAUGGCCGGUAGGACCACGUGCCGUUCGGUACCCUCUCUGGGUUCUCUGUUUACCGUAA